AUGAAGCCGCCCGGCAGCAGCUCCCGGCGGCCGCCCCUGGCGGGCUACAGCCUUCCCCGAGCCUCCGGCGGCCCCCGCGGCGGCCCCGCCGGCCCGGCGCCUGCCCGCGCCCUGGCCCGCGCGCCGCCCUGCCGCCUGCUCCUCGUCCUUCUCCUGCUGCCUCCACUCGCCACCUCGUCCCGGCCCCGUGCCUGGGGGGCUGCUGCACCCAGCGCUCCGCAUUGGAAUGAAACUGCAGAAAAAAAUUUGGAAGUCCUGGCAGAUGAAGACAACACAUCGCAACAGAAUAGCAGCAAUGAUACCAGUUACAGGAAUGCAAUGCAGAAAGAAAUCACACUGCCUUCAAGACUCAUAUAUUACAUCAACCAAGACUCGGAAAGCCCUUAUCAUGUUCUUGACACAAAGACGAGACACCAGCAAAAACAUAACAAGGCUGUCCAUCUGGCCCAGGCAAGCUUCCAGAUUGAAGCCUUUGGCUCCAAAUUCAUUCUUGACCUCACACUGAACAAUGGUUUGCUGUCUUCUGAUUAUGUGGAGAUCCACUAUGAAAAUGGGAAACCACAGUACUCUAAGGGUGGGGAGCACUGUUACUAUCACGGAAGCAUCCGAGGUGUCAAGGACUCCAGAGCAGCUCUCUCAACCUGCAACGGACUUCAUGGUAUGUUUGAAGAUAAUACCUUUGUAUAUAUGAUAGAACCCCUGGAGCUGAUUCAUGAUGAAAAAAGCACAGGUCGACCACAUAUAAUCCAGAAAACCUUGGCAGGACAAUAUUCUAAGCAAAUGAAGAAUCUCAGUAUGGAAAGCAGUGACCAGUGGCCCUUUUUAUCUGAAUUGCAGUGGUUGAAAAGGAGAAGAAAGAGAGCAGUGAAUCCAUCUCGUGGUGUGUUUGAAGAAAUGAAAUAUUUGGAACUUAUGAUUGUUAAUGAUCACAAAACGUAUAAGAAGUAUCGCUCUUCUCACGCACACACCAAUAACUUUGCAAAGUCUGUGGUCAACCUUGUGGAUUCUAUUUACAAGGAGCAGCUUAACACCAGGGUUGUCCUGGUGGCUGUAGAGACCUGGACUGAGAAGGAUCAUAUUGAGAUCACCACCAACCCUGUGCAGAUGCUCCAUGAGUUCUCCAAAUACCGGCAGCGCAUUAAACAGCAUGCUGAUGCUGUGCACCUUAUCUCGCGUGUGACAUUCCACUAUAAGAGAAGCAGUCUGAGUUACUUUGGAGGUGUCUGUUCUCGCACAAGGGGUGUUGGCGUGAAUGAGUAUGGUCUUCCAAUGGCAGUGGCACAAGUAUUAUCGCAGAGCCUGGCUCAAAACCUUGGAAUCCAAUGGGAACCUUCUAGCAGAAAGCCAAAAUGUGACUGCACAGAGUCUUGGGGUGGCUGCAUCAUGGAAGAAACAGGGGUGUCCCACUCCCGGAAGUUCUCAAAGUGCAGCAUUUUGGAAUAUAGAGACUUUUUACAGAGAGGGGGAGGAGCCUGUCUUUUCAACAGGCCGACAAAGGUUACUAUUGAGCCCACAGAAUGUGGAAAUGGAUAUGUGGAGGCUGGAGAAGAAUGUGACUGUGGUUUACAUGUGGAAUGCUAUGUUUGCUGUAAGAAAUGCUCUCUCUCCAAUGGGGCUCAUUGCAGCGACGGGCCCUGCUGUAACAAUACCUCAUGUCUUUUUCAGCCACGGUAUGAAUGUCGGGAUGCUGUGAAUGGGUGUGAUAUUACUGAUAUUGGUACUGGAGACUCCGGCCAGUGCCCACCAAAUCUUCAUAAGCAAGACGGAUAUGCAUGCAAUCAGAAUCAGGGCCGCUGCUACAACGGGGAGUGCAAGACCCGAGACAACCAGUGUCAGCACAUCUGGGGGACGAAGGCUUCAGGGUCUGACAAGUUCUGUUACGAAAAGCUGAACACAGAAGGCACAGAGAAGGGAAACUGUGGGAAGGAUGGAGACCGAUGGAUCCAGUGCAGCAAACAUGAUGUGUUCUGUGGAUUUUUACUCUGUACCAAUCUUACUCGAGCUCCACGCAUUGGUCAACUUCAGGGUGAGAUCAUCCCAACUUCCUUCUACCAUCAAGGCCGAGUGAUUGACUGCAGUGGUGCUCAUGUGAUUUUAGAUGAUGAUACAGAUGUGGGCUAUGUAGAAGAUGGAACGCCAUGUGGUCCAUCCAUGAUGUGUUUAGAUCGGAAGUGCCUACUGAUUCAGGCCCUAAAUAUGAGUAGCUGCCCACUUGAUUCCAAGGGUAAAGUCUGUUCAGGCCAUGGGGUGUGUAGUAAUGAAGCCACCUGCAUCUGCGAUUUCACCUGGGCAGGGACAGACUGCAGUAUCCGGGAUCCAGUUAGGAACCUUCACCCCCCCAAGGAUGAAGGACCUAAGGGUCCUAGUGCCACCAAUCUCAUAAUAGGCUCCAUCGCUGGUGCCAUCCUGGUAGCAGCUAUUGUCCUUGGGGGCACAGGAUGGGGAUUUAAAAAUGUCAAGAAGAGGAGGUUCGAUCCCACUCAGCAAGGCCCCAUCUGACUCUGCAGCACCGGGUGAGCGGUGCCUCGCACUGUUGGGUUCUGGGCGUGACAAACUCACAGCACCCUUUCCG